AUGGCUAGCCUCGAUAGAGAAGAUCCAAACUACUUUGGUGCCGGUCCAGCUAUGUUGCCAACCUCUGUGUUGCAACAAGCAGCUUUGGACCUGAUCAACUACGACAACUUGGGACUCGGUGUUGGUGAGAUUUCUCAUCGCUCAGCACCAGCAAUUGAAGUUGUUGACGAAACCAAGCAGCUUUUCAAGAAGCUGCUGGAGAUCCCUGACACUCACGAAGUUUUCUUCCUCCAAGGAGGUGGUACCACUGGUUUUUCUUCUAUUCCUCCAAACUUGGUUGCCUCUUUUGUUAAGAAGCACGGUAAGCCAGGUAAGUGUGCGUAUGCCAUCACAGGUUCCUGGAGUAAGAAGUCGUAUGAAGAGGCAGUGAGAUUGGGAUUCUACUGUGAGGUCUUGACUGACUCCAAGAAGGCCUAUGGUAAGUUCGGGGACAUUGAGCCUUUCGAACAAUGGAAGAAGCCUACACCAGGCGAGACUGCGUAUGUUUAUUACUGUGAUAACGAGACAGUCAACGGUGUUGAAUUCCCAUUCAUUCCAGAGUACGAAGGAAUCGAGGUUGUUGCGGACUUGUCCUCAAAUAUCUUGUCCCGUAAGAUGGAUAUUUCCAAAUUUGGAUUGAUCAUGGCUGGUGCUCAGAAGAACGUUGGUCUCGCUGGUAUCACCAUCUACAUCAUCAAGAAGGCUCUUCUUGAGCAAGCCACUGAUGAUGAGCUCAAGGCAUUGGGGGUUCCAUUGGCCCCAAUUGCUACUCAUUAUCCAACCGUGGUCAAAAACAACAGUGCCUACAACACUAUUCCAAUCUUUACUGUUCACAUCUUGAAGUUGGUGUUACAGAAUUUGAUUGCCAAGGGUGGUCUUGAAGCUCAGGAACAACUGAACAAGAGAAAGGCCUCCAAGUUGUACGCUGCAUUGGACCAGUAUCCAAAGCUGUACAAACAGCCUGUUUCUAAAGGAGUCAGAAGUGAUAUGAACGUUGUUUUCACCAUUGAAGGUGAAGGCUUAGAAGCUGAGUUCUUGAAAUUGGCCAAGGAGAAGAAGCUCGAUGGACUAAAGGGACACCGUUCCGUUGGUGGUAUGCGUGCAUCGUUGUACAACGCUGUCACUGAACACUCUGUGGAUUUACUCGUUGACUUUGUCAAUGAGUUCGGUAAGGCUCACAGCAAUUGA